AAGCGGCGGUCACGCUCCAAAGCAACCCUGUUCUAAAUACAGUUCAGUUCGAUUGAAAGAAUGACGCCGCAAAGCAAUAAGGCAAAAAAGACAAAUUCAAACAAUUCAAACAACAACGAUCAUUUUAGGCUGUACUAAUUUUGAUAAAAUAUAGAAACGAAAUAAGCGAAAAGUGUCAAUAAACAGUAGAAAAGAUGCCCGAACCAACAAAUAUUAAAGUGGUAGUGCGCGUGCGUCCCUAUAAUCGACGGGAACAGGAACAAAAUCAAAGAUGCAUCAUCAAAGUGAUGGACAGUUCGUCACUGUUGUUCGAUCCCGACGAAGAGGACGAUGAAUUCUUUUUCCAAGGCGCAAAACAACAGUAUCGCGACAUCUCGAAGCGCACAAACAAAAAGCUAUCCAUGGAAUAUGAUCGAGUCUACGAUACAGAACGCACCAACGAGGAUAUAUUCGCAGAAUGUACAGCGCCGCUGGUCGACGCAGUGCUUGAUGGGUACAAUUGCUCGGUGUUUGUAUACGGCGCAACAGGGGCGGGGAAGACAUUCACAAUGCUGGGCAGCGAGAAUUGUCCUGGUAUCACAUUCCUCACUAUGCGCGAUCUUUUCGAGAAGAUCCAAUUGCAGCAGGACACACGUAAAUUCGAUGUGGGCGUCAGCUAUCUGGAGGUGUACAACGAACAGGUGAUGAACCUGCUCACAAAAACAGGUCCUCUAAAGUUGCGCGAGGAUUCCAAUGGAGUUGUGGUCAGCGGUUUGGUGUUGACGCCCAUCUACAGUGCGGAAGAGCUGCUGCGCAUGCUCACGCUGGGCAAUUCGAAUCGCACACAACAUCCCACGGAUGCUAAUGCGGAGAGUUCCCGUUCACAUGCCAUUUUCCAGGUGCACAUUCGUAUCACGGAUCGCACGACGGGCACCAAACGCAGCGUGAAGCUUUCGAUGAUUGAUCUGGCUGGCAGCGAACGAGCUGCCAGCACUAAGGGCCUGGGCAUGCGUUUCAAGGAGGGAGCCAGCAUCAACAAGAGUCUGUUGGCGUUGGGGAAUUGCAUCAAUAAGCUGGCCGAUGGAUUGAAGCACAUACCGUAUCGUGACUCGAAUCUAACGCGUAUUCUAAAGGAUUCACUGGGCGGCAAUUGUCGCACUCUGAUGGUGGCCAAUGUGUCCAUGAGUUCCAUCACCUACGAAGACACCUAUAACACAUUAAAGUAUGCGAGUCGUGCGAAGAAGAUACGCACUGUGCUGCGCCAGAAUGUGCUGAAGUCUAAUUUGCCCAAGGAGUUCUAUGUGAAGAAGGUCAACGAGGUGAUGGUGGAGCAGGAGCGUCUAAUGGAGCGCAACAAGGUGCUGGAGGCUAAGCUGGCGCAACUGGAGCGAGCCAGCAAUGAGCUCAGCUUUGAUCCCGCUCAGCUGACGCCAUGGUACAGCAAGAUUGAUGCUGUCUACAGCACAGUGACUAAGCUGCAGCAGUGCGUCAUUGGCCUACGCAGCAAGAUCCAGAGUUUGAGUUACCGCCAGAAGCUGAAAAAGGACUUUGAGCAGCUGCGCAAGGUACUGACGAUGGAUCAACGGCUGCUUCAAGAGGAUUAUAAGUUGUUUACGAACUACUUGAGCGCCUUAAGCAGCAGGACACAAAAGUACACCGAUCAGUUGCCCGAAUGGCGCAGCAAGCUGGAGGCUGCCUGCAUGGAUCUGAAGCGACUGAAGCAGGAGGUAAAGGAGUCCAAGCAUUAUCACAUCCUCAACCAAUACCUGAGCAACAAGGAUCUGGAAGUGCAACUGUCCAAGCAGCAAAUGAACUGCGGUCAUUUGACGGCCAUCAACAACGAACUGGUCGAGAAUUCAGAUCUACUGCUGAAAUCCUUUACCAAUGGCAGCGAUGUACUCCAUCAACUAUACGAUCGCCUGGAGGAGACACAGAAACUGACGCCAGAAAUACAAACAGCGUACGCGCGACUCGAGCGUCGAAUGCGUUUCACAGAAGCCGAAACAGCAGCUUCACUGCAGGACACAGAGUUGGAUGAACUGCUGGCGGAGCAGCUGCAGGAGAAUCAAGAGCCACCAGAGCCGUUAACGAGCAGUGCAAGGAAACGAGCGCGAGCUCGUCGAACACACACAGUCAGUGACAGCGAUUUUGUGCUGCAUUUGGGUGUCGAUAGCUGUGAGGACACGGAUUCGGAUGAGGAUACCAACGAUGAGACUGCGCACGUCUUUAAGAAGCCCUGCAAUCUGAAUGUGACGCAAGUGUUAACCCACAAUGCGAAUCAACAGCACAAGGCGCUGACAGCAACUGUGACAAAGCCACGACCCGUCGUUAAUAGACGCAUCGUAUCGGACAUGAUCUCGGAUCAGAGUGUUUGCGGUUCCACGGAAAAGGAGAAGAUUAAGCAGGCAUUGUUCAAGUCGAGCAAGUUCAGCACUCAAGAACUGAAGCGAACCUGCGCAGCAGCGAUACAAAAGGAGAAUCUCAAGACCUUCUCCAAUGGCUGUGUGAGGAAAAGUCCGCGUGCUCUAAUAGCAAAAACUCUCGCCGGCGGCACGGCGAUGAUGCGAAAACCCAUUUCCCGACUGGUGGGAACAAUAAAUACGAGCGGCAAGGACGCGCCGGUGGUAAAGAUAAAUCGAGCCGCCUCUUUUCGUAUUAAAAAAUAAUUUUACGUCUUCACAUUUUCUAUGAUUUAAGCAAUUUUACUCACUAAUUUGAUUUCGAUUUGAAUUGAUUGAUUUUUAGUUUGUAAUUAACCCAAAAAAUAUAUAUAUAUUCUGUAAGCUAAAUAACGUAACCCUAGCGUAACGCUUUAGUUCAACAAAUACAUAUCCGCUUCCUUGCCAGCUCCCAACUGUUCACGUCUAUCAUUGCGAUAAAACUCGGCUGCUUGCCAAGCGCCCAAGCGUUGUGUUGGCGCCAAUCCCAGCAAACCCAGCAGCAUGUAGAGCAGCGCUCCCAGAUUAACGCCCAGUAGUAAGAGUCCUGGUCCCAGCAGAGCAGCAAGCGAGGCAGCUGGCGCAGCUGCUGGCCAAUUGUUGCCGUAGUUGGAGUACGAAAGACGCCGCCAAGGUUGCUGUUCGUUGUUGGACUGUUGUCUAUCUAGUUGCAGCUCAUCCUUUUUGCUCUCGGACAGCAGCGUGUAGCGAGGCAGAAAAGUUGCCUCCGGUUUUUGUGUUGCCUCCAAGGCGGCAGCUAGGCAGCAAAAUGCAAGCAACACCAACAGUUGCAUGUUGUCAACUUUGUAAAUCGCUUGCCACACAAAACUCUUUUAUAGCAAGAAGCAACAAGUCACAGCUCAGUGACUCCUUUGAGAAGAAGCAAACAAUACUGUCAAUCUUUUGUUAUAAUAAGCGUACAUUUAUUUUGGUUAAGAUAAGUUUUGUUCACAGUAUUAUUGUCCGUUGUUUGUUUGGAUUUGUUAACAUUGUCAAGUGUCUAGUUGACACGCUUCGCUUUGAGCAGCACUUGUGGCUGCUCGAUCUCUUGCUUGCUCUGCACCAACUUCAGCUCUCGCUGCCAAGCCUGAACAGGUUCCGCACUUGCAGGCAGCGAUGACACCGUGCGUUUAAUCACAGCCUGCAGCGUGGCAAUGGUCUUCUCGAAUGCCACAGUCACAUCUCCUUUGCUGGCAUGGCUGUGAGCCAGAUAGAGAGCGGCGAACAGAUCUCCAGUGCCCGUGAAGAAGAGAUCUUUGCCACCCUGCUUGGGUAUGUCCAUCGAGAGUCGUGCGCCAUUCUGCUGACUGAGGAAAGCGCGAAGCACGCCCGGUUCA